GUUUCAACCCCAAAGGCGCCAACGCCAAAUGCGGAGAAAAUUGCCCAUUUUUCAGUGUCAUUUGACAGAAAAAUCGAUUCCUCGUGCUCCGUGCUUCCACUUCCACAGUCGGGCAGAAAUCAGAGUACAAACCAGCCGAGCAGCGCGACCGAGAUGACCCACUUUUCGGUUUUCGCACCAACAGAACCCAACUGCUAUCCGAAAAAAGUGUGCUUCUAAAUGGAAUUAAAUUAAAUAUUUUGUGAAAAGCAGUUGUGUUAACUAAACUCGCGCCUAAUACAUAUGUAGCUUAGUUUCGAUAUUAUGUACAACUCGUAGCCUAGUGUAAGCUCUAUGCAUUUAUGUGAAUUCGCCAGAGGAAACGUGGAAGAGGAAACUUGGCAUAGGCGACCUGAAAAAGCACCAGCAGCGAGCAAGAAGAAGCACCAGAAGCAGCAAAAAAGUCGUCAUAGGGGCAGCCACAGCAUGCCGUACGAGUCGAUGCACCACCAUCAGUCGGCGGCCGCUGCCGUGGCCGCUGGCACCGCUCCCAACGGAAUGCUGGACUCCCUCAGCCUGCAGCUGCGGGACUCGGAAAUGCGACGCACAGAGAUCGAACGGGCGCAUCAGGAAACAUUGGCACAAAUUCGCAAUCUAAGCGGAAACGCUCGUCCCGAUGCCGAGGCGGUGGAGAACCUGCAGUCGAGAGCCCGUGAACUGGAAAAGAAGGUUUCGCUGGAAAACGUGCGCUGCGAGGAGCUGCAGAUCGAGCUGACGACCGCCUUGAAGGCCAAGGCAGCGCGCUCGGGCCAAUCCUCCCACAUGGGCAGCGGCGCUACGGGGUCCGGGACGGCCAUUCCAACAUCGGCCAGCAGUUCCACCGUCACAUGGGCACCGACAAUCAUGCACCAGGACCAAGGCUCGGAGAUUGAUAUCAUAAUGGCAAAGAUUGAGCAGGAUAAUCGCGUGCUGGCCGAGCUGGAACAGCCUCGCACCUCGGCCAGCGCCAGCGCCAGCAUGUCAGCAUUGCCGCCCAGUUCCAUGUUGAGCACGGUAAAUAGCGAAUUUAGAACCAUAUCAAAGAGUGAACUCGAAGAAGAACUGAAUCGUUAUAAAAGGGCCGUACUAGGCGGCACCUCGAGCGGCUGCGUCUCGGCUUUAUCCUCCGGCUAUUCGAGUCUGCCCCACUCCCUGGCCUCCACGCUGCCCAAUGGUGCCAGCACCAGUUUAAGCGGCGCCAGCAUUGGCUCGCAGAGCAUGGCCGCCGCCAUCGGUGCUGGGGCUGGGUGCAGUGGCCUCCAAUCCAUAUCGGCCCUGGUGCCCAACUCAAUCAGCGGCAUAUCCACGAGUCUAAGCAGCCAUGCCAUACAAUCACUGAAUGCGGCCGCCUAUGGCGGUGUCGGACAGAGCUCCGUGGAGAAGCUGUUGAGCGGUACUAGUGGCAUCACUGGCAUCCCACCAUUGCCGGUAAAUAUUCACACGAUGAAGGCUAUGCCAUCGGCAUUAAGUCAGCGCGGAACAAUACAACUGUACAAUUUACAGAGCACAACCAUGCCCCUCCUGUCACUCAACUCGCAUAACCUGCCGCCCGUUGGAUCGAGCAGCUACUCAGGCCUGGGGCUGGGCGGCGGCGGCAGUGGUGCCGCCGGCUCCUCGCUGACGCAUCCCACCAUGGGCAACCUCAGCAUGCUCGAUACCAGCGCCCUAUUGGGCGCAGCCGGCCUGGGCGGCCUGGGCGCCGGCCCAAGUGGCAGUGGCAUCUCGGGCGCCACAUCGCUGUAUGGCCUGAGUGCCGGUGCCGCCGGGGGAUUGGGCAGCUCGUACGGUCCACCGUUUCUAGAUGUGGCCUCGAGUUCCUCGUAUCCGUUCACAUCGGCCGCCCUGCGCCAGGCCUCCAAGAUGAAGAUGCUGGACGAGAUCGAUAUACCACUGACUCGGUAUGGCAACCGGAGCUCACCCUGCUCCCCAAUACCGCCCAGCAAUUGGGGUCUGGACGAAUUCGCAGAUGGCCUGAGCCUCUGCAUGAUGCACAAUCGCGGCGGCCUGGCGCUGGGUGCCCUGGAUCUGGACACACGCAAUCAUGGCUUGAAUGGAGCCAGCGAACCGCAAGUGGAUAUGCUGGACAUUCCUGGAAAGGGCCGCUGCUGCGUGUUCAUAGCCCGUUUUCCGUACGAUCCACCCGAGGAGGCUGAGGGCGAACUGUCUCUCUGCACCGGCGACUAUCUGCUGGUGUGGACCAGCGGCGAGCCCCAGGGUGGCUAUCUGGAUGCGGAGCUACUGGAUGGAAGACGCGGCCUAGUGCCCGCCUCCUUUGUACAGCGUUUAGUGGGCGACGAUUUGCUGGAGUUCCAUCAGGCGGUACUAUCGACACUGCGCGACGCCGAGGAUGGUUCGAUGCAGUGCGACACAACGUCGCUGCCCUCCUUGCCGCCGCACAACCCAUUGCUCACACACACCCACGAGGAUUUGGCACGUUUGAGUGAGACGCACACCGAUCUGGAGCACGACCAGGAUGACAUUAGCGAUAAUGUUCCAGCACCCAAACACUUGACGCUGGAACGGCAGCUGAAUAAGAGCGUGCUCAUUGGCUGGUCCCCACCGGAGCCAGUGGGCUACAAUCUCAUCGAGAGCUAUCAUGUCUAUGUGGAUCGUGUGCUGAAGGUCUCUGUGAAGGCCAAUGAACGCACACGCGCAUUAAUCGAGGGCGUUGACUCCACACGGCCGCAUCGCAUUAGCGUGCGGAGCGUGACCCAGAAUCGGCAGACGUCCCGGGACGCCGCCUGCACCAUGAUCAUUGGGCGGGACACGUCGCAUCUGGGCCCCUCGGCGGUGCGCGCCUCGCACAUAACGUGUUCCUCGGCGGUCAUCUCGUGGCAGCCGGCCAAUUCGAACCACCAGCACGUGGUGUGUGUGAACAAUGUGGAGGUGCGCACCGUCAAGCCGGGCAUGUAUAGGCACACCAUCACUGGGCUGGCGCCGAGCACACAAUAUCGGGUGACCGUGCGGGCCAAGCAUCUGCGCGCGGUUGGGCAACAGACGCCCCAGCAGACGCCGGGCAGGCCCGGACAGGAGGAGGCACCCGGUGCCUAUGCAGAUUUCCGUACCCUCACCAAGGGCCUGCCCGAUCCGCCGCAGGAGAUCCAGCUUGAGGCUGGGCCACAGGAUGGCACCAUUCUGGUGACAUGGCAGCCGGUCGCCAGGCCCACCGCGACUGGGCCUGUUACCGGCUAUGCUGUGUACGCCGAUGGUAAGAAGGUCACCGACAUCAAUUCGCCCACCGGCGACCAUGCCCUCAUCGAUAUCGGCAAGCUGGGCGUCUUCAAUCCCCGUGCCGUGACCAUACGCACCAAGUCACGGGACUCACAGUCGGCGGACAGUGCGCCCAUCUUGAUACCAAACACUGUGCGCAAUGCCGUUGCUCGACGGGGACCAAAUCAAAUGGGCAUGGGUCCGCAGCUGCCGCAGGGGCCACACGGCAUGCAGCAGCAGAUGGGCGGCAUGCCCGGACAGGUGGGGCAGCAGCAGCAGCCAAUGAUGAUGGGCCAACAGGAUCAACAUGGGCAGUACGAUCCCAGCCACAUGCAGCAGCAGCAACAGCAGGGCAUGCAACAGGGCAUGCAGCAGGGCAUGCAGCAGGGACAGCAGCCCGGUCAGCCGGGUCAUCAGCCCGACGGAGGCUCCGGCUUGUUAGGUGGCCUGCUCGGUGGCCUCUUCUCGAAACCCACACAGAGUCAAGUGAACCAGAAUGGAUAUCAGCAGCCGGGGCCAGCAGGAGCACAGCGUGGCAUGGCGCCAGUCCCAGGCAGACCGCAGGGGCCACAGCAGCAGCAGCAACAGCUACAGCAGCAGCAGCAGCAGCAACAGCAACAGCAGCAGCAGUACGGUCCCCAGGGCCCCAGAGGGGGGCCACGCUUCCGAGGACCAGUACCCGGGCAGAUGAACAUGCAGGGUCAGCAAAUGCAAGGACAGAUGCCAGGACAAAUGCAAGGACAGAUGCAGGGACAGAUGCCAGGACAGAUGCAGGGUCAAAUGCAGGGUCAAAUGCCUGGCCAAAUGCCAGGGCAGAUGCCUGGUCAGAUGCCAGGUCAGAUGCCAGGGCAGAUGCCAGGGCAGAUGCCAGGUCAGAUGCCAGGUCAGAUGCCAGGUCAGAUGCCUGGUCAGAUGCCCAAUCAAAUGAUGGGCCCACGCGGACCCCUCAACCAGCAGCAACAGGGCCAGCAUCAGCCUGGCGGCCAGCAGCAGCCCGGACAACAGCAGCAGCAGCAACAGCAGAAGAAACCCCGCUACUUUGUGGCCAUGUUCGACUACGAUCCAUCGACCAUGAGUCCCAAUCCCGAUGGCUGCGACGAAGAGCUGCCGUUCCAAGAGGGUGAUACGAUCAAGGUCUUUGGUGAUAAGGAUUCGGAUGGCUUCUACUGGGGCGAGCUGGCCGGUCGUCGCGGCUAUGUGCCGCACAACAUGGUCUCUGAGGUGGAGGAUACGACCGCAUCGAUGGCGGCCGGCGGUCAAAUGCCAGGUGCCAUGCAGGGCGCUGGCGUUGGCGUUGGCGUGGGUGGCCAGGCGCAGGUGAUGCCGGGCCAGGUGGUGCCCCAGCAGAGCAUGCGCAACGUGAGCCGCGAUCGCUGGGGCGACAUCUAUGCGAAUAUGCCGGUGAAGCGGAUGAUUGCCCUCUACGACUACGAUCCCCAAGAGUUGAGUCCCAAUGUGGAUGCCGAGCAGGUGGAAUUGUGCUUUAAGACGGGCGAGAUCAUAUUGGUGUAUGGUGAGAUGGAUGAAGAUGGUUUCUACAUGGGCGAACUGGACGGAGUGCGCGGCCUGGUGCCGUCGAAUUUCCUGGCCGAUGCGCCCGAUCAGUACAACAACCAGAUGGGUCCGGGCGGUGCGGCCGGCCGUGGCGGUCUCAGUCAGCGGGGCAGGGGCCAGGGACCCGGUGCGAGAGGACCACCGCCGCCGCCGCGGGAUAAUAUGAUGCCUGGCGCGGCCGGGCGUGGUCAACCAGGUAAAAAUGCUCGCCCUGCUUCCCCUACACUGUUAGACAACACGGGCCAUCCUGCCCCCGAUCACCAAACGCAGGGGAUGAUCGGCCGCGUUGGUAAUGUUGGCCUGCAACAGCAGCAGCAGCAACAACAGCAGCAGCAGCAACAGCAGCAGCAGCCGUACGGUCAGCAACAGGCGCAAAUGGGACAGCAGCAGCAGCAACAGCAACAACAGCAAAUGGGACAACCUGGAAUGAUGGGAAUGGGUCAGCAGCCGCAACAGCAGAUGGGACAACAACAGAUGGGACAGCAGCAAAUGGGCGGCAUGGGACAAAUGGGGCAGAUGGGCCAAAUGGGAGGAGGACAGCAGCAGCAGCAACAGCCGCCGGUUACGACGCAGGCGCAAACGGGUGGCCUGUUCUCCGGCGCGACUAGCCUGCUCUCUGGUGCUACUUCGGCUGCCACCGGUGGUCUAUUUGGGUCGAAGCAACCGCCCAAAACGGAUCCAAUGCAACCACCUGGCGGUGUGCAGCCAACGCAGCAACAAGCAAAUGCCUUUGGUGCACAGCCCGGUAUGCAACAGGGCAUGCAACCGGGAAUGCAACAGGGCAUGCAACCGGGUAUGCAACAAGGCAUGCAACAGGGCAUGCAACAGGGCAUGCAACAGGGCAUGCAACAGGGCAUGCAACCGGGUAUGCAACAGGGCAUGCAACAGGGCAUGCAACAACCGCAACAGCAGCAACAACAACAAGUGCCACCCCAAGCCCAGCCACCGCCACAAGGCGGCGGUCUGCUGGGCGGCCUCAAGGGCAUUGCAGCAGCGGCGCCCGGCGGCGAUGUCCUCUCGAAAGGCAAAGAUCUAUUUGGCAAAUUUGGGUUCGGCUUUGGCAAAUAACCCCGGUCAUUCCAUAGGGUCCUGUUAUAUUAUUCGUAGAUUAGACCUAUUAUUACUACUAUGAUUAUGGAUUAUGGAUUAUGAUUAUUGCUAUUAAUUAUGACUACGAUUACUAAGCUAAUAUAUAAAUGAGAAAACAAAACAAAAAUGCUAAGAAUGAUACCAAACAAACCAAAAAAAUCAAAUCAAAUAAAAUAAAAUGAAAAAUAAAAACAAAAAUAAAAAAAUGAAACCCAAUCCCCGGUCCACAGUUGGCUAAUGUGAAAGUUGUUGCUGUUGUUGUUGAUAAUGAUAACAAACAAACAAAAGAAAAAAUGAUAUGGAUAAACUGCAACUAAUAGUACUAAUGGUAAUAUUUUUUAUUAAUUAAAUUGAUAGAAAUAUUAUGAGUGACAGACAACAGCAGCAGCAGCAUCCCAGGGGCAGCCACAAAGAACCGAAAAAUGAAAAUGAAUUGUUGUAAUAUUAUUAAACCG